CCGGGAACAAGGGCAGGAGCUGGACCAACGCCAUCUCAUCUCGGUUGCGUUCAAGCCCCGCCUUGGCGUUGCCUUUUCCUCGUGGGAUUCCUCAGCCUCCCCGUGCUUAUAAGCCACCGCAAGUGCCGGGCGUUGGGUGAGUGGGAGCAGCGAGCGCAGUGCAGUGCCGCACUGAACUUCCACUUCGUUUGUGGUGCGGUGCGGGGAGGCAGGCGCAAUGCCGCGCCGCCAGAGGGCGCGCAGCAACGAGGAGGUGAAGGCGGAGGACUUCGUCAAGUCGGUGCUCAACUUCAACGGCGGCGGGGGCGCGGGCGGUGGCGAGGAGGAGGAGGCCGACGGGGACGGGCAGCCGGCGACGGAGUACAAGUCCAAGAACCUGAUGGCCGAGCGGCGGAGGCGCGGCAGGCUCAACAGCAACAUCCUCGCGCUCAGGGCCGUCGUGCCAAACAUCACCAAGAUGAGCAAGGAGUGCACCCUGUCGGACGCGAUCGAUCACAUCAAGAAGCUCCAGAACCAGGUCCUUGAGCUGCAACGCCAGCUUGCCGACUCGCCCGGCGAGGCCCGGGAGAAGCAGGGCAGCGCGUCAUGUUCUGAAUCCUUCGCCGCCACUGAAAAUAUGCAGUAUCAGGGUCAGGUGGAGUUGGUUCCUCUUGGGCCACACAAGUACCACCUCAAGAUCUUCUGCAAGAAGGCCGGCGUCUUCACCAAGGUGCUGGAAGCACUAUGGAGCUACAAUGCGCAGGUCACCAGCCUGAGCACGAUAACGUUCUAUGGUUAUGCAGAGAGCGUCUUCACCAUUGAGGUGAAGGGUGAGCAGGAUGUUGUGAUGGUGGAGCUAAGGAGCCUCCUGUCCGGCAUUGUGGAGCUCCCAAGCAACUGAGAUUCUGAUAAUAAUAAGUCAUAGAGCUCAUGAGUUUCAGUGGAGAUAACUGAUUUUUUAGGAAGAACUCUAGUGGUAAAGUGUUUGUGCAGGCAUUGUAACAAGCGUACAUGUCAAACUGGUAAAACUGACGGGAGAAGACCGGAUUUUGUGUUGAACACAUAGCACAAUGAACUUGUGAGUUCCCUGAAAGAAAUGAACAUGUAAGUUGUGACUGUGAACAA